CCACACGAGGGCGCGCUUGCACGAUGCCGGUCAAUUGAUUAACUUCAAAUCGACUCCAACCUUAUGAAUGCAAGAAGAAUUCUGCAAACAUGUACAAUUUAUCCACAAUUUGACUAAUAAUAAGGAUUUAUCAACCUAAAUGAGUGGCCCCUUUUUGGAGAAGAAAGUUUUAAUUUUACAGUGAACACAAGAACAAUUUCCAAAUAUUUCGACCAUGACUGAAUCCACCCGGAGGGUUCUUCCAAAAAGUAGGUUCGUUGAAAACUCUUGAGAAAGUGAAGCCUAAAUCUCGGGGUCACGACGUUUCUGUUGUUUUACGGUGUUCUGCGAUUAUUGCCAAAUAAAAAAAAAUCCGGCACCAGCGGUCUAAAUUAUUGCAUUUUAGCUGCUGUUAAUUUCGUUCCACUCCUGUGGGAUUGCAACGAAAUAAAAUAUAUAUAAUUCGGUACCACCAGCAAAUGUAAUACGGAAGAAAAAAAAAACGAGGGGUGACGGGAUUCUGACUUUUCUUCCUCAGAAUUCUGACUUUAGAGUCAGAAAUUCUAAACUCAGAAUUCUGACUUUAUUCUCAGAAUUCCGACUUUAAAGCCAUUGUAUGACGUCAUUAAAGCCCCCAAUUCAAAGAGUGUGGAGAAGCGAAUCAAUUUUCUUCUCCAAUCAGUGCUCCAUUGAGAAUGACUUUUUUUUUGUGUGUGGACUGGCGGUGCACGCGCUUAACCGGCGGAUAACUUUCUCACAAGUUGACAGCUAUUAUUAACAUUUUGGAACAAGUUUUUCAUUUCAGGGUAAGUCAACCCCGUGUUCACAAUUAGACUCGGUUUGCGGAAUCAUCUACCUGGAAUUAGUUGAAUCCUCGUGAACAUUUUUUGGAGACUUAAAAAAAAAAGCUUUGCUCGUCUUUACUUGCUAUUGAGUCAAUAUUCCGUGAAUUUCCACGGAAAAUGUGAUUCUUUUUUGUGCACUUGACAAAUGUUUGUAAUUUAAUUUAAUUUGAUCAUUUUAAUCGUGUGUGAUGGAAAUAUUGAUUUUGAAAGAAAACAAGGUUUUCCAACAAAUCUUAAGGGUUGUGCUAAUUUUUAAACUGCCAAUUGAUUGUUGGUGUUUUUUUUUUUCUUUCAAUUAUUUGAAAAGUUUGGCUGAUUGAAAAAAAUAAUCAAAACAGAACAGCGUCAACUUGAGACAAUAUUUAUAACUUUUUUUAUUUGUUGGAUUUGAACAGAUAUUGCGUAACACCGGCAUAUUCGUAUCGGCCUUUUUUUAAAUUCUAAUGUUUAUGUUAGAUUAAUUGAAAGGGAUGGCAAAACAUGUUAGUUUGAUGUGUCUCGUCAUACCAAACGAAUUAAGUGUGGCGGCGCCAAUGAGGCGUUAGUCACAUGCAAACCUGAACAAAUUGUGUGAUAACAUUCACAUCAGUAUAAAGGAGCGGCUGAAGGGCCUCAUCAGCAGAUGCCACAGACGUCCAUGCCAACAUGACUGCCUCUUUACCCACCUACCAACUCCUCUGCCUCAUCCCCGUCUUGGUCGUCCUUCUCCUUGCCUUUGGAAAAUUUUUGUCCUGCCGGCACGGCAGUUCCCCGGUGGAAGGUCACGGCUUUGGCGUGCUGAUAACCGGCUGCGAUAGCGGCUUUGGAUACGAGCUGGCUCGACGCUUGGACCACAAGGGUUUUGUGGUCUUUGCCGGCUGUUUGUUUCCACAGGGGUUGGGUGCCCAGAACCUGGCCAAAGAGAGCUCGGGUAAUCUGAAAAUCCUCAAACUGGAUGUCACCAAUGAUGAGGAUGUGGAGCAGGCAAAGAGGAUGGUGAAGGAGAACCUGCCGGAGAAAGGCUUGUGGGGGGUGGUGAAUAACGCCGGCAUCUCAGACUGGGCUGAGAUCGAGUGGAGCACAAUUGAAGACUUCCGCCACAUGGUGGAUAUCAACCUCUUUGGCGCCAUCAGGACGACCGUGGCCUUCCUGCCUUUGGUGCGUGCAGCAAAAGGUCGGAUGAUCUUUGUGUCGAGCAUCUUCUCGUUCUUUAACUGCCUGAACAUGGGGAGCUACAGCGUAUCCAAACGGGGACUGGAAGCCUUUGCUGACUGCUUGCGGGUGGAAAUGGCCAGCUUUGGAGUGAAGGUUAGCAUCAUUCAACCGGGUAACUUCGGCCAAGCUACCAACAUUGUGAAGAUGAAGACCCAAAACGAUAUUUGGAACAAGUUGGAUGACGAGCGCAAGCAAAUCUUCAACCGCGACUACAUUGAGCUGGCCAUCAAUUACUUUAUAUCCACAUGCAAGAUGGGCUUCACCAACCCAGACAAGGUCGUCGCCGCCAUGUUGGACGCCCUGACGGCCCCCCGCCCAAAACCUCGAUACAUGAUCGUCUCAGCCAUGGAUCGGGUCUUCUUCCAACUCUUUCCUUUUCUCCCGAGUGCUCUCACUGACUCUGUGUUUUCUCUCAGCUCCAUGUAUACGAAAAGAAAAGAAAUGCUGUAUGUGAAGUAGGGAAAGACUUGUUGGUUUUUUUAUUUAAUGGUAUGAAAAUGACAUAUGGCAAAAUCUGUAACUAACUGACUGAUGAGUCUUAACUCUAAAGAACAAUGGUCAUGAAGGGUCUAUAUUUGAUUUUUAUUACUCUAUUAGUCACGGUUUUGAGCGAAGGCUCGACUGUAUUUUCUUUGGUUCUCUUGAACUAACUGCUCGGGUCAUUCUUGAGAAUCCUGCUUGUUUGUAUGCUAUCUUAUGUAUUCUAUAAAAAAAAAAAAUACAUUGGGAUUUUUUUCUUGGGUCUAGGGGGCCCACUAAUAAAUUGCUCUUGUACUAUGGGCCAGGAUUUUGUGUGCGAAAUUUGUAAAGCUCUUUGUUCAGUAGAUUUAUUACUAGAAGGUUUUCUGAAAUCAGUUUGACAUGCUGUCCUUGUGAUGCUGCUAAUAAAAUUGGUGGAACGAGUUUGACCCUUGUUGAGAUUCACGCUGGAAAAAAGUGAAAUCAUAAGU